GAAAGGGGGGUCGGAAAGGUGAGGCUCUCGUUUAAGUACACUAAUGCUAAUACAAUAUUCUGUUGCGUGGGUUUGUCUAUUGUCUGUGGCGCUGAGAAGUGCAGGCAUACAAUGAUAGCGCCGGUUGAAUAUACCAUGGACACUAAUGGACUAAAAAUAGUAAACCUCGACAUAGAGUCGGGCAACGGGUACGCCAACAAACCUGAAGUGGACACCAAUCCCAAAGUGACGGCCGCCGCUGCCCUACGGGACAAAUACCAGUGCUCGGCUGAAGAGAAACGAUCCGGUCUGUGCCGGCUGCUAAAGAUCCAGAUGGCUUUUGGUGUGUCGUAUUGCGGCAAUUGUCCCAUAUUCAAUAGCUACGUGCUAAAAAAGGCUAUACUUAUCAGCUACGACUGUAUCGUUAUUAUCUCGUUCGCGUUGUUUGAAUAUUUUGCCUUUUCUAAUGAUGUGUUUAGCCGCCUGUUUAAUAAGGCUACUAAUAAAGGCAUCAUGAGCAUUUUAUUUGGAUUCGCAGCGUUCUCUAUGGCUAUGGAGUUCUUCGCUAUUAAAACCUUGUUGCUUAAAAAUGGUUGGGACCUUAUCACUGUACUUCGCAGCAUAGGCAAAAUGUGCAACAGAGGCAUAUUAUCAAUAUCCCAGUUCCAGACCCGGCUAAUCGACAUAUUUCUAAUCUUGAUGGCCAUAACAUUUGCCUUUUUGUUGCCCAUAAACUACACAUCUCUGGACCAAUCGAUGACAAGUGUUUACAGCGAAGAGAAACUAAAGACCAUUGGGUUCUUCAUUGUCGGUCUCUUCUAUGGCAUGAAUAAGUUUUCCAUCACUUCGCUAAUGCUAUUCACGGCUUUCGCCAUCAAAAAGCUUAUUAGCGAUUGGACCAAGGGCCUACAAACUAACACCAUCAAGAUCCAGACAUUAUGCGAAAAUGUACUAACCCUGCGCACCCUACUCGAGACCACAAACGACCAGCUUGGUAUGAUUAUGCUGAUCAAGGUGUUCGUGAAUGCCAUGUUCAUGUCAUCCACGGUAUGCUCGAUGUCGGUCGGAUUUCUGCCCUACAACGCUAUCAUCGGUAUAACCGGAUUCACUGUCACAUCGAUACUGGACAUCGUAUUUCUGUGCUACUCGUCUCAGAUCAUGAUCAACUCAAUGGCCGCCCUGUGCAAGCAGGUAGAAAAGACCUUGAUCACCGAUGGUGUAUAUGGCGACAACGGCACCGAUCACUACAAACAGCUGAAUGUCAUUUUGUCGAUGAAAGAUAGCAUUAGGCUUAAAGUGUUAUCUCUGUUUGAUUUGAAAACAGUCACAAUAUUGGCAAUUGUGGGUUAUGUUACCAAUUAUGCCAUUAUUCUUAUACAGACUACAAAUGAGGUUCCCCGUCCAUCGGGACAUCGAUUAUCUGAUGAGACAAUCAAUCAGUUAUGCUAUCAAUUGGUCGAACAGGGAUUGAGCGCACGGUUGACAUCAAUGGUUGAGUUGUGGCCAAAAACAUCGACAGCUAAUCACCGCUGGAACCGCUGUAAGCUUCACAACACACCCCAACUCAUAACCCCUAACACUGAAAUUGUCUGUCACUGUUUAGUUGUGUUAUCAUACCAUUCCACGAUAAUGAUCCAAAUGGUGGACACAAUGUGGGCGAUAAACACCGGCCAAACACUCAGUGAUCAACAAUUCCUCAAAACACUCUUUGGCCGACUUUUUUGCGUACAAUUGGCUGGGAGACGGGUUGUCGCCAUCACCGGUGGACUCGGGCCGCGCCAAACAACCGCCCGACCGGGUUCUUGUCACUGGGCCGCCCGUCCGACCGCCCGCAACGACAACCCGCACCCCUCGACAAUCACGUGUUGUGGUCUAUCCGAGGCCUACGUGCUAAGUGCGGCCAUACAGUGGCCAUCACUGGCCAUAACAGCGGUGGCGGUUAUAUUUACCGGCAAUGAGUGGGCUAUUGAGAUGACAUGCAAUUAUGGAUCGAUACGAUCCAAUGGUCAACCAAUGGGUAUUAAAUUUGAUGACAAAUUAAAGGCAAACCAUUUCAAGACAAUAAUAAUGGAC